GCAUGAAUUAAACACAGCCAAGGGAAGACCCAAGUCUCAUACUUCUCUUGCAUAUUCCAAAGUUCCAGGGAAAUUCCAGGUGAUAGAGGUUAUUUCCCAUACUUUUAAAGCAAGGUUGCAGACACUUGGGAAUUUUGGUCCCAGUACUCUAGGAGGGCACACCUUUGUCCUGGAAAAUCAUACAGGAAUGAAUACUCUUCCCGUGACUCAUUCUGCUCAUUUUUCCGGCAUCACAAAAACCAAAAAAUAGAAAUAUGGCCAAACACAUGAUUUGCUAUCCCUCUUCUUCAGGUUUCUUACCUGUUACUUACGGAUAAUGGCAUCACCUUAAGGAUUAUGAAGAAGAUACAAUGUCCAAAUAUGAGCACAGUUUUGAACAAAAUGCCUUGUACGAAUUGGUCAAUGAAUAAUUACUAAAUAAUUAUGUGAAUAUUUGCUGAAUUAUAUGGAUCCUAUGAAUAAUUACUGAAUAAUUAUUGUUAUUGCUUUUAUUGGCAGGGCUGAAAACUCAUCCCUGUGUGACCUCAUGUAAGCCAUGUAACUUUGUGAACCUGCAGUUUUAUCAUACUUGACAGAUUUUCAUUCUGACACAGAAUGUCAGCACUCCCAGACCCCAGAAAAUGCAUUGACUUAAAGCCUUUGACGCAUCUCAAAGCAGUGUCCUUACAGUGUCAUUGGAGGAUGGUGUGGGCUGCAGAGACAGAUGCUUUCAAAUGCGAUUGAUCCAGUCCUCCUUCUUGCACUUCCACAUGAAUGCUGGGCAGCCCAGGGUCACACCCACUGCACCCUCAACUCAGACCGUUACCUGGCACGCUGGCGACAAUCUCCCUCACUCUUGUUAGAGUCUGAGCUACGGGCAGUGCCUUCAGCUCUGAGCUAAGGUACCUCGAACCUUGUUUUUGUGGUUAAGGAUCCUAAAGCGCUCUGCGGAGUGAUCACGUUUUUCUCAACAGUAAUCCCUGGCUCCACCUCUUCUGCCACAAACUUCAGCAUGGUGGUAUCUGCCGGCCUUUGGUCCAGUGAGAAGGCAGAGAUGAACAUUCUAGAAAUCAAUGAGAAAUUGCGCCCCCAGCUGGCAGAGAACAAACAGCAGUUCAGAAACAUUAAAGAGAAAUUUCUUGUAACUCAAGUGGCCUACUUCCUGGCCAACCGGCAGAAUAAAUACAAGUAUGAAGAGUGCAAAGACCUCCUAAAAUCUAUGCUGAGGGAUGAGCUGCAGGUCAAGGGGGAGAAGCUUGCAGAGCAGCUCAAGGAAGCUGAGGAGCUCAGGCAACAUAAAGUCCUGGUUCACUCUCAGGCACGAGAGCUGGCCCGGUUAAGGGAGAGGUUACGGGAAGGGAGAGAUGCCUCCCGCUUAUUGACUCAGCAUCUCCAGGCCCUCCUCACUCCGGAUGAGCCAGAUAAGUCCCAGCGGCAGGACCUCCGAGAACAGCUGGCUGAGGGGUGUAGGCUGGCACGGCACCUCGUCCACAAGCUCAGCCUAGAAAAUGACGAGGAUGAAAAUGAUAAAGCUGAGGAGGUUGAUAAAGUACAGGAAUCACCUGUCCCCAGGGAGGCACAGAAGGCUGAAGAAAAGGAAGUCCCUGAAGACUCACUGGAGGAAUGUGUCAUCAGUUGUUCAAAUAGCUAUGGCCCUUCUAACUCCAACCCUCCUUACAGGAACACAAAAAUCACAUUUGAGGAAGACAAAGCCACCUCAACUCUGAUUGUAGAUGGUGAAUCCUCUCAAGAUGAAUGGCAGGAUGCUCUAAACAUUCUCCCAGAACAUCAAAAUGAUCAUGAGGAAGAGGAAGGGAAAGCGCCAGUGUCCCCCAGUCACCAUGAUAUGUCCCAAUCUUACCAGCCUUGCGAAGGCACCUUCUUGGCACUGGACGAACAGAAAGUUUGCUCUGCUCAGGAUGUAGCCAGCGAACACUCCAAUUCCAAAGGGGAGGAAACCCCACUUGGUUUCCCAGAAAAGCAACUUGGUCUUGAAGAGGUGAAAAGACAAGAAACGAUUGCUCCCAGGCUCAGCAGGGAACCGCUGAGGGUGGACAAGCAUGAAGUCCCCUGGGAGUUACAGGAUGGAUGUUAUUUGAUUGCUUCUGUUCUCCCUGACCUGACUCACUCCUGCCAGCCUUAUAGAAGAACUUUGUAUUCUUUUGAAGAAAAGCAAGUCAGCUCGGCUCUUGUAGACAAAAUUAACAAGGAUCAAGAGGAGUUAGUAGACCAAGACCCGCCAUGCUGCAGACUGAGGCAGGAGCUGCUAGAGGUGGAGGAGCAGGAGGUCCCAGAGAACUCCCUGGACGAAGUUUACUUGACUCCUUCCGUUCCCCAUGACCUGUGUGACUGCCACCAGGCUUAUAGCGGCACUUUGUACUCACUGGAGGAUCAGCUCGCCUGCUCUGCUCUAGAUAUAGCCUCUCCCACCCAGGCAGCUUGUCCCCACGGGCCUUGGAGUGGAGACAUCAACCACCACCUGUCAGAGGUGGAGGCUUCACAGGCACAGCCAGAGCCGAGAACCCUGGUGCCCAGUUGUCUGCGACUGAAACUGGAUCAAGGGUUUGACUGUGGCUAUGGCUUAGCCAGGCGGGGCGUUUCCUCCACCACCUGCAGCUUCACAGCCAACGCUGAUCCUGGGAAGCAAUGGCCCUUCCAAGAGCUGGGUUUAGAGCCUUCCCUUGGAAUGAAGAACCCUCCCCAGCUGGAAGGUGAUGCUCUUGAAGGCUCAGCUGACAACACACAUGGGCAUCAAAUCAUUGGCCACAUUCAUGCCUCAAGUGUCCUAAAACCAAAGAUGAUCAAAAGAAAACUGCUGUUCAGCAAGUGGAGACUGGCAUGCAGAUUCCCUUGCCUGCAAGCCUAG